GAGUUGCUUGCAUUUCUGUUGGAUGGUCUGCAUGAAGAUCUCAAUCGCGUGAAGAAGAAACCAUAUAUAGAAGCAAAGGAUGCUGAUGACCGUCCUGAUGAAGAAUUUGCUGAAGAAUGCUGGAAUUACCAUAAAGCUCGAAAUGACUCCAUAAUAGUAGAUAAGUUCCAGGGGCAAUACAAGUCCACCUUAGUCUGUCCAGAAUGCAACAAAAUCUCUGUUACCUUUGACCCAUUCAUGUAUUUAUCGCUACCAUUACCCUCAACUGUUACUCGAAUGAUGACUGUGACUGUAUUUAGUGGUACUGGGGAUUCUCUUCCCAUGCCUUACACUGUUACAGUACCGAAAAAUGGAGUUUGCAGAGAUCUUUGUAAAGCCCUGAGUGAUGCGUGCUGCUUAAAACAGUCUGAGACGUUGUUACUUGGAGAGGUAUAUGAUUAUCGGAUAUACCGUUAUUUCAGUCCAUUGGAGCUACUAAAUAUUAUAAAAGAUGGUGAUCAGCUUGUUGCUUAUAAGCUUCCUGCUGGCCAUGAAAAACUUUUGAGGAUUGAGAUCCUACAUCGGAAUGUGGAUAGAUUUACUCCAGAGCCCCAGUUUAAUGCUCGGAAGCUCAUUGGAAGCCCUCUUGUGACUUGUAUUCCCAAUGACUCAACAAGAAAAGCUGAUAUUUAUGCGGCUGUCUCUGCGGUUCUGGCUCCAUUUGUACGAGCAAAAGUGCAUGCUCCAGGUGAGUCUCUGUUGAAUGGCCGCAGGCCAAGUCUGGAUGGUAUUGUACCAAGGGAUAAUGGAGCCUCAUGUGAGAAGGGUCUUUCUACGUCAAAUGUGGAUGAAGCAACGAGUGAUGCUGAGUUUUUGCCGUUUAAGCUUUACUUGAGUGAUGAUAAAGGUCAUAUAAGAAAUCCUGUAGAAGAAGAUUCUGAUCAAGUUUUUGGUUUGCCUAUGAGGUUACUGAUGGGUUGGUCUGAUAAAGAACAUGAAAUAUAUAACCUUAAAUACAUGGAUGAUCUUCCUGAUGUUUUCAAGCCAGGAUUUAUGUCAAAGAAAACACGGCAAGAAGCAGUCAACUUAUUUUCAUGCUUAGAUGCUUUUCUGAAGGACGAACCUCUAGGCCCUGAUGACAUGUGGUACUGUCCUUGCUGCAAGGAGCACAGACAGGCUAGGAAGAAACUCGACUUGUGGAGGUUGCCUGAGAUAUUGGUGGUCCAUUUAAAGAGGUUUUCAUACAGCCGUUAUAUGAAAAAUAAGCUUGAUACCUUUGUGAACUUUCCAAUCCAUGAUCUCGAUAUGACCAAGUACGCAAAGCACACAUCAGGAGGCGACCAGCCCCUCAUCUAUGAACUCUAUGCGGUGAUAAAUCAUUAUGGUGGUUUGGGAGGUGGUCACUAUUCUGCCUACGCGAAGUUAAUAGAAGAAGAUAGCUGGUAUCACUUUGAUGAUAGUCAUGUCUCCUCUGUCAAUGAAGAGGAAACAAGGACAUCUGCUGCUUAUCUGCUCUUCUAUCGACGUGUUGAUGGCAAUUCCUGUGCAAUGUCCGAUGUUGUUCCAGUCAACACCCAUAUGGUUGAUUCACUUGAGGCAUAGAUUUAAGUCCGAACAUCAGUAUCAUCUGGUUUUGUGGCACUUAUGGUGCUCGUGCUACGAAUAUUGUUUGACUGCAAUUUUGCUGGUUUUGGGGCACUAUUGGUGUAUGGUAGGUCGUUGAACAAUUGAAGGUUAGGGUUUCCAGUAUCUCCAGUCUUGUCGGUUUAAAAGUAGGAUUCAUCUUGACAAGUAAACACUGAAGUGUAGCUGGCUACAGGUAGUAUGUCGAAGUAACUUCUGAGGAUGCGUUGUGGGCUUAGGUAAUAUUGGUGUCAAUGAGGUUGGUAAACACUGUCACUAUUGGUGUCAAUGAGGUUGGUAAACGGGUAAUGUAUCCAGCUGAAUGGAAACUAUUGAAACUGAUAUGCUGUAUGUAACUUAAUAUUUUAAAAACUUUGUCUAGUAGUAACUUUCAGACAACGGGUGUGAA